AUGGAAAAUAGUGUUGAUGUCAAGACAGAAACCAAGGGGGAAAGAAAGCCAAUAAAGCAGAAUCCACUGAGCAAAGCUGGGAAGAGAGUCUGCAGAGCCCUUGGGUACAUCACUGGAGACAUGAAGGAAUUUGGAGCCUGGCUAAAAGAUAAACCUCUCAUGAUCCAGUUUAUUGACUGGGUGCUGCGUGGGAUAUCCCAGGUGAUGUUUGUCAACAAUCCCCUCAGUGGGCUUAUGGUAGUUGCUGGUUUCCUGGUGCAGAACCCGUGGUGGACACUCACAGGCUGUUUAGGAACAGUUGUCUCAACUUUAACAGCACUUAUUCUGGGACAGGACAGAUCAGCCAUUGCAGCAGGCCUGUAUGGCUAUAACGGGGUCUUGGUGGGAUUGCUCAUGGCCGUCUUCUCCGCUAAGGGAGACUACCACUGGUGGCUUCUGCUGCCCGUAGCACUGGUGUCCAUGACGUGCCCCGUUUUCACCAGCGCUUUAGGCUCAGUCUUCUGUAAGUGGGAUCUGCCUGUUUUCACCUUGCCUUUCAACUUGGCCUUGACCCUCUAUCUGGCUGCAUCAGGAUCCCAUAACCUCUUCUUCCCUACAACUGACAUUCAGCCUGCAACAGCAACACCAAACAUCACCUGGACGGAUGCUGAAAUGCCAAUGCUCCUGCAAUCCAUUCCAGUGGGGGUGGGUCAGGUUUAUGGCUGUGAUAACCCCUGGACCGGGGGAAUUUUCCUGAUUGCUUUAUUUCUCUCUUCUCCACUCAUUUGUCUGCAUGCGGCAAUUGGAUCAGCAGUGGGGAUGCUGGCAGCACUGAGCUUAGCCACACCUUUUAGCAAGAUCUACUCCGGCUUGUGGGGCUACAACAGCUCCCUCUCGUGCGUGGCGAUUGGAGGCAUGUUCUGUGCUUUCACCUGGCAGACACAUUUGCUGGCAAUCGCCUGUGCGCUCUUCAGUGCCUACCUGGGGGCAACACUGACUAACAUGUUGUCUGUGUUUGGGCUACCAUCAGGAACCUGGUCUUUUUGCUUAUCUGCACUGACCUUCCUGUUGAUGACCACAAACAACUCUGCCAUCUACAAGCUACCGCUCUCCAAAGUCACCUAUCCAGAAGCCAACCGAGCUUAUUAUCUGAAGAUGAAGAGACAUCAGAGGUCUUGCUGUGAAGUAUAAAGACCCAAGAAGAGAGAUACUUUGCAGGUUUUAAGGCAGGAGU